GAGUCCCCGGCCUCAGAAGCUGAGCGAGCCUGCGCGCGGCGGGGAGGGCGCUCCAGCGGGAGGCGAGCCUCGCUGUUCCUCCGGGAGCCCAACACCGUUCCCGCGCCGCCACGAUGAUCCCCCCGAGCGGCGCCCGCGAGGACGGCGUGGACGGGCUGCCCAAGGAGACGGCGAGCGCCGAGCAGCCGCCCUCUCCUGCAUCCACCGGCAGUCAGGAAUCCAAGCUCCAGAAACUAAAACGAUCACUUUCUUUCAAGACCAAGAGUUUACGGAGCAAAAGUGCUGACAACUUCUUCCAGCGAACCAACAGCGACGUGAAGCUGCAGGCGGACGUGCUGGCGGAGGUCAGCCCCAGCUCCAGCCCACUCCCUGCCCCCGGAAGCCUGACCUCCACACCCACCAGGGCCGGCCUAUACCCCGGCGGCGGCGGCAAGGCCCACGCCUUUCAGGAGCACAUCUUCAAGAAGCCCACUUUCUGUGACGUCUGCAACCACAUGAUCGUGGGAACGAACGCUAAGCAUGGACUGCGUUGCAAGGCCUGUAAGAUGAGCGUCCACCACAAGUGCAUGGAUGGCCUGGCGCCCCAGCGGUGCAUGGGCAAGCUGCCAAAGGGGUUUCGGCGUUACUACAGCUCCCCCUUGCUCAUUCAUGAACAGUUUGGCUGCAUUAAAGAAGUUAUGCCCAUUGCCUGCGGCAAUAAGGUGGACCCUGUGUAUGAGACCCUCCGCUUCGGCACCUCGCUGGCCCAGAGGACAAAGAAGAGCAGCUCGGGCAGCGGCUCCGACUCGCCUCACAGAACCUCGACUUCAGAUCUCGUGGAGGUUCCUGAAGAGGCUGAUGGGCCAGGAGACGGGUAUGACCUGCGGAAGCGGAGCAACAGUGUGUUCACGUAUCCAGAAAAUGGCACCGACGAUUUCAGAGACCAAGCAAAGAACAUAAACCACCAGGGACCUCUUUCCAAAGACCCAUUACAGAUGAACACCUAUGUUGCCUUGUACAAAUUUGUACCACAAGAGAAUGAAGAUUUGGAAAUGAGGCCAGGAGACAUGAUUACUCUUCUAGAGGACUCUAAUGAAGACUGGUGGAAAGGGAAAAUUCAAGACAGAAUUGGCUUCUUUCCAGCCAACUUUGUUCAGAGAGUACACCAAAAUGAGAAGAUUUUUAGAUGUGUUAGAACCUUCACUGGGUGUAAGGAACAGGGACAGAUAACCCUGAAAGAGAAUCAGUGCUCUCCUCUGUAAGAUCGUCACAGCCUGGAGAUGAGAGUCACGUCUGUCACCUGUGUAAAGCGCCAGCACCGUGCCCAGCCACCACGGAUCAGCGCUGAGUGGAGUCAUUACCCUUGCUGCCUAAAUGGGACAUCCAUCUGCAGCGGCCAGGGCCUCCCGAAAUUACCUGAUGAACCUCAGAAAGCUUCCCUGGUUGCUCAGGGGUGAAGAACCUGCUUGCAGUGCAAGAGACGCAGGUUCAAUCCCUGGAUCGAGAAGAUCUCUUGGAAGAGGAAAUGGCAACCCACUCCAGUGUUCUUCUUGCCUAGGAAACCCCAUGGACAGAGGAGUCCGGCGGCCUACAGUCCGUGGGGCUUUAGCAACUGAAACAACAGCAGCAGACGUCAGAACAUAGCAUGCACUUAUAAGUCUAAAAAUAUAAAGAGACAAGUGGUCAUUAGCAGGGAAAAAGAAGAAAUUUGAUUCUGGAAACACGUGUAACACAUCUCUGUGAUUAAAUCACAUUUCUGCCUCUGGGGUUCAUCUGUCUUACAAUUAUUACAUUAUUGUUUCCACAGAACUCUUGCUACAAAUAGAAUUAAGUUAUCUUUUUGUCAAGAACCUAUCUAGAGUUUGCAGUGACACAAAAGUAUGUUCUCAUUUUUGAAAUUUCAAAACUAUCCUUAUGAGAUCAACUUAAAUACCAUAAAACUAUUUUUUAAUUCAUCCAUGAUUCCAUCAUCCCUGGAUACCUAUUUUAACUGAUUCUUAUGUUCUAUAAAAGCAUUUUAAUGGAUAAAUCACUUUUAGAUUAUAAAACUAAAAUGCAUUUAUUGUGGAGAAAAUUUGAAAAAUACCCCCCAAAAUUAUAAAGAAGAAAACCAAGUUCAAGGUAAUUCAACCAUCAAGCAAUGAUCAACAUGAAUACCUUUGUGUUAUUUCCCACCAAACUUUUCUUAUUUUGAUAUCAUAUUCUAUAUAGUUUUCCAACUUUUAUUAACUUAGUUAUUAUAUGUUUAUCAAAACACAGGUUUUAGCAAUUAUAUAAGAUAUCAUCAUAUAGAUCAGAGGUUGGGAAACCAAACUCUGCAUCCAUCUGGCCCUGUUUUUAAAACAAAGUUUAUUAGAACAUUGCUGCACUCAUUCAUUGCACGUUGCUUAUGGCUGCUUGCACACUGCAGCAGCUGAGUUGAGCCAUUGCAGUGGAGACCACAAUGCCUGCAAAUAUUUACUAUUCAGUCCCUUACAGAAAAAGUUUGCCAGCCGUACGAGAUGGACAGAUAUACAAGAAAGUAUCUAGUAUUCCUGUGACUGGAGAUUCAGAACUUUAAAAAAACCAUUAUGGAUAACUGCAAUGAACAGCUCCAAAUUUAAGUUUUUUCCCAUAACUCUGAUUCCUUCUUUAGGAAAUGCUUUAGAAUUUACAAGAAAACCGAUAAACCAUUUUUCCAGUUCUUGAUACAUACUGCCUCCCAACAGUUUAUGCCAGUUUACACCCACAUCAGCUGUUUAUGAAAAUAUUCAGGUUACCACAUCCUUGCCAGAACUGAAUAUUACUGUCUAUUACAUAUUUGUAUAGCAUACAAACGAUAUCUGUCAUUUUUAGAAGUGAGUAAUAUUUCGUGUUAAUCCUUAUUUCCUGGGUGGUUAGGGGAGUUGAGAUUUUAUCAUGUAUGUAUUGGGCAUUUGUAUUUCUUUUUUAAAGAGAAUUUCUUUCUUUUUAUUUUUGGCUGUGACGGGUCUCUGCCGCUGUGUGGUGGCCGCUCUCUGGUUGCGAUGCUCGGGCUUCUCAUUGCGGUGGCUUCUCUUGUUGCAGAGCCCAGGUUCUAAGGCGCUCGGGCUGCAGUGGCUGUGGCACAUGGACUCAGCAGGUGUGAGUUGCAGGCUCUAGAGCGUGUUCAGUAGUUGUGGUACACAGGCUUAGCUGUCCAGCGGCAUGUGGGAUCAUCUCAGACUAGAGAUUGAGCCAAUGUCCCCUGCAUUGCAAGGCAGAUUUCUAACCACUGGACCACCAGAGAAGCCCCUGUAUUUCUUUAUGAAUCAUCUGUUUAUGUACUUUCUUAUGCUACUGAAAAAGUUUUCUCCCUUAAAACUAUUGACACCUGAUCUGCUGUACGUGGCCAGCAGUUCCCUCAUUUUGUCAUUUGCCUUUUGAUCUUAAUGCUUCUUCCUUCAGAAGCUUAAUAACUCUUCAGUUGAAUCAUCUCUGUUUUACUGUUUUGUCCUUAUGGUUUUAAUCUCUUUAUCGCUUCACUUCUUCUUAGGAGAAUGUUUCAAGAUAGUCCCCCACUUCAUUUCAGUUUUCUGAAGUUUUUAUUCAGACUUUAAUCACUCCUGGCAUUGAUUUUAAUUUAGUGUUUAUUUCCUCAUAGUGUUUUCUCCUCAAUCAGCCCUCUUUCCUCUGCAGCAGGUUUUCUUUAAGUUAAGGAUCUUGAGAUGUAGGUUAUCCAGAUAAACCUAAUGCAAUCACAGGGAGUCUUACAAGAAAUAGGAGGGUCAGAGUCAGAGGAGAUGACAGUGGAAGUAGAGAGAGAGGAAGAAAGAGGAAUUUGAAGAUUCUGUGCUGCUGGCCUCGAAGAUAAAGGAAGGGACCAUGAGCCAAGGAAUGCAGGUGGCCUCAAGAAGCUGAAGGCAAGGAAAUAGAUUCUCACUUUGAGCCUCUGGAGAGAACACAGCCCUGCCAGCUCCCUGAUUUGGGGACUCUGCUCUCCAGAACUGCAAGAUAAUAAAUUUGUGUUGUUUUAGUUUACUGAAUUUGUGGCACAGUAAGUCCCCUGCAUAGGAACCUUGACGUUGCAAACUUUCAAAGAUGUGAACAUGUGUUCACAUGUCCAGUCACGCCAUUAUUAGUUCGCGUGUCUGCAUGCAUUGUCUGUGCCUUCAGCCUCUACACGCGGCCAUGCUUCUGUGGACUUUACGUGUGGUACUGUGUAGAGUACAGCAAGACAGUGUCUUUAUUUCAGACCCAGGAUGUCCAGAAACACAUGUAAAAGCAGUGGUGAUGUAGCUGAUACUGCUGAGGAACCGAAGGAACUCACGCCACAGGAAGUGACAAGGGGUUUUCUUUAUCUGAGGAGGCACUGCUAGCUUUUGGCAUGCAGGACCCCAACAUAGAACGGUCCACGGAGGCUGAAGCAGCUGCUCAGAAUGCAGUCCAGUGCUACUGUGUCAUCUGUGAUGAGGAAAAAAGAACUACUUCCCAGACAUUGCUGGAGCAUUUUUUUUCAAGAGGGUAGAUAGAAUUGAAUCCAGCAAGGAACCAGAACCUUUGCCAUCAAGGUCAGGUGUGUGAGUGAAAUCACAGCUUGCCCUCCGUCUCUAUUGCUGACGAUCCUUCAGCUCUACCAUCGCCCACCUUCUCUCCCUCCUCUAGUCAAUAACUCCUCUUGCCUGCUUCCUCAGUGCCAGCGUUGUACUGUACUGCUGUACUUCUCAAGGUACUGUCCUGUAAAAAUGUCUCCUUUAUUUUUUGUGUUUCUUUUUUAUGUGUUAUUUGCUUGCAAAGUAUUGGGUUGGCCCAAAAGUUCCUUUUGUUUUUUUCAUAAGUUGGCUCUAGUAGUACUUAGUUGUCUUUAACUUCAUUCAAAACAAUUUUGUUAAAUUGUAUAGUGUGACAUCUGUCAUGUCAGCAUGCAUUUAAAAAAAUCAAAAUUGGUGAAUUUUUGUGUAGCAUUUUUGUAUUGAAGAUGGAAGUAAAAAGCAAUGUUCUCAGCCUA